UGGGCGGCGGGGGCGGCGGGCGGAGGUCGGCCGGCGCAGGCGCCGCCUAUCAGCCCCAGUAGAAGCAGCGAGCUGAGGGACCCUCCUCCUCCUCCGCAGCAGCAGCAGCAGCAGCAACAGCAGCAGCGGGGCGCUCCCCCGCCGCCGCGGCCGCUGUCGUCGCUGUCUGCGGCCCGCACGCCUGCCGGGCGCGCCGGCCUGGCGGGCCUCCCGCUCGGCCCGCCGGCGCCACUGCCGCAGCCGCCGGCGCCGCGCCACACCCUGCAUUCGCACCAGCAGCAACAGCAGCAGCGGCAGCAGCACCAGCAGCAGCAGCAGCAGCAGCAGCAGCAGCAGCAGCAGCAGCAGCUACGGGCUCCCGCCCUUGCUGCCGACCCGCUUGCCACAGGCGACGCUAGCAGGCCGCAACAUGCAACGCCAGCUGGCGUUGCCCCGCCCCAAGCCAAGCCCCCAACCUCAGCAGCCGCCCAACCCCCCUUGCCUGUUGCAACCACUGGCGUCGGUGCUGGCAGCGUUUACAGUGGUAGCAGCGCCACCGCUGAUGACCCCUUUGCUCUGCUGGCCGCCGAGCGGGGCUGCGGCGGAGCGCCCCGCGCGUCGUCGGCACCGGGAUCCAGCCUACCCAACAACGGCGGCGUCGGCGGCGGCGGCGGGGGCGGGCACGGCGGUGACAGGGGUAGUAGGGCCGGCAGUGGUGGCAGCACGCUGGCUACGCUGCCUGUUGUUGCGCUCAACUCCCCCUACUGCAGCAGCAGUAGCAGUGAGGGUGGGGUGCGGGCUGGAAUUGGGGGCCUCGGCCUGGCAGACCAAGGGGCAGGCAGCAGCAGCGACGGCGGCGGCGGCGGCGGCGAUGUCGCGGCCGGCGGCGGCAGCACCAGUGGUGGCAGCGACGACGACGGCUUUGCUGCGCUCGCGGCGCUGGCGCAGCCGCGGCUGUCCAUGUCAGCGGGGGGUUGCCUGUCAAGCGGAGUGCGGCGCUCACUGUCGGGCGGCGGCGGCGCGGCGAUCAAGGUGCCGAUCCUGCAGCCGCCGCCUGUCGUUCAGCUGGAGAGAAUGGGCUCGGGCGGCCCUGGCGCCCUGGGGGCGCCGCCACGGCGGCGGAGCAGCAGCAGCUUCUCGGCAUCGGGCGGCCCAGCCGCAGCCGCCGCCGCCGCGGCGCGGCAGGUGGUAUGGGCUGCGGGGCCUGGGGAGGACGACAGCGGCGUGUCGGAUGUGGCGGUGGCGGCGGCGGCGGCUGUCAAAGAGCAGCAGCGGCGACGCCAGCAGCAGCAGCAGCAGCAGCAGCAGCAGCAGCAGCAGCAGCAGCUUUCUGCGGAUCACGACUUGUUAUAA